AUGUGUGCCCUUGAGAUUGACAGUAAAGGAUGUGUGCCCUUGAGAUUGACAGUGAAGGAUUGCCACGACUCUCAGCUUGCAUUAAACUCAGACUUGGACCUUAAAAUCCGAAAGGACUCGGCCAGCACGCCUCCUACUACAGACAAAACACUUUACAACUCGGCCAGCACGCCUCCUACUACAGACAAAACACUUUACAACUCGACCAGCAAGCCUCCUACUACAGACAAAACACUUUACAACUCGACCAGCAAGCCUCCUACUACAGACAAAACACUUUACAACUCGACCAGCAAGCCUCCUACUACAGACAAAACACUUUACAACUCGGCCAGCAAGCCUCCUACUACAGACAAAACACUUUACAACUCGGCCAGCACGCCUCUUACUACAGACAAAACACUUUACAACUCGACCAGCAAGCCUCCUACUACAGACAAAACACUUUACAACUCGGCCAGCACGCCUCCUACUACAGACAAAACACUUUACAACUCGACCAGCAAGCCUCCUACUACAGACAAAUCACUUUACAACUCGACCAGCAAGCCUCCUAUUAAAGACAAAACACUUUACAAACCGACCAGCAAGACUCCUACUACAGACAAAUCACUUUACAACUCGACCAGCAAGCCUCCUACUACAGACAAAACACUUUACAACUCGACCAGCACGCCUCCUACUACAGACAAAACACUUUACAACUCGGCCAGCACGCCUCUUACUACAGACAAAUCACUUUACAACUCGACCAGCACGCCUCCUACUACAGACAAAACACUUUACAACUCGGCCAGCACGCCUCCUACUACAGACAAAGCAUUUUACAACUCGGCCAGCACGCCUCCUACUAUAGACAAAACACUUAACAACUCGGCCAGCACCACGCCUCCUACUAUAGACAAAACACUUUACAACUCGACCAGCACGCCUCCUACUAUAGACAAAACACUUAACAACUCGGCCAGCACGCCUCCUACUACAGAUAAAUCACUUUACAACUCGACCAGCACGCCUCCUACUAUAGACAAAACACUUAACAACUCGGCCAGCACGCCUCCUACUUCAGACAAAUCACUUUACAACUCGACCAGCACGCCUCCUACUACAGACAAAUCACUUUACAACUCGACCAGCACGCCUCCUACUACAGACAAAACACUUUACAACUCGACCAGCACGCUUCCUACUUCAGACAAAACACUUUACAACUCGACAAGCACGCCUCCUACUACAGACAAAUCACUUUACAACUCGACAAGCACGCCUCCUACUACAGACAAAACACUUUACAACUCGACCAGCACGCUUCCUACUUCAGACAAAUCACUUUACAACUCGACCAGCACGCCUCCUACUACAGACAAAACACUUUACAACUCGACCAGCACGCUUCCUACUUCAGACAAAUCACUUUACAACUCGACCAGCACGCCUCCUACUACAGACAAAACACUUUACAACUCGACCAGCACGCUUCCUACUUCAGACAAAUCACUUUACAACUCGACCAGCACGCCUCCUACUACAGACAAAUCACUUUACAACUCGACCAGCACGCUUCCUACUUCAGACAAAUCACUUUACAACUCGACCAGCACGCCUCCUACUACAGACAAAUCACUUUACAACUCGGCCAGCACGCCUCCUACUACAGACAAAUCACUUUACAACUCGACCAGCACGCCUCCUACUACAGACAAAACACUUUACAACUCGACCAGCACGCUUCCUACUUCAGACAAAUCACUUUACAACUCGACCAGCACGCCUCCUACUACAGACAAAUCACUUUACAACUCGACCAGCACGCCUCCUACUACAGACAAAUCACUUUACAACUCGGCCAGCACGCCUCCUACUACAGACAAAUCACUUUACAACUCGGCCAGCACGCCUCCUACUACAGACAAAUCACUUUACAACUCGACCAGCACGCCUCCUACUACAGACAAAGCAUUUUACAACUCGGCCAGCACGCCUUCUACUUCAGACAAAGCAUUUUACCACUCCACCAGCACGCCUCCUACUACAGACAAAGCACUUUACAACUCGGCCAGCACGCCUCCUACUACAGACAAAACACUUUACAACUCGACCAGCACUCCUCCUACUUCAGACAAAGCAUUUUACCACUCCAUCAGCACGCUUCCUACUUCAGACAAAGCACUUUACCACUCCACCAGCACUCCUUCUACUUCAGACAAAACACUUUACAACUCGACCAGCACGCCUUCUACUUCAGACAAAACACUUUACAACUCGACCAGCACGCCUUCUACUUCAGACAAAACACUUUACAACUCGACCAGCACGCCUUCUACUUCAGACAAAGCAUUUUACCACUCCACCAGCACGCCUCCUACUACAGACAAAGCACUUUACAACUCGGCCAGCACGCCUCCUACUACAGACAAAACACUUUACAACUCGACCAGCACGCCUCCUACUUCAGACAAAGCAUUUUACCACUCCACCAGCACGCUUCCUACUUCAGACAAAGCACUUUACCACUCCACCAGCACGCUUCCUACUACAGACAAAACACUUUACAACUCGACCAGCACGCCUUCUACUUCAGACAAAACACUUUACAACUCGGCCAGCACGCCUCCUACUUCAGACAAAACACUUUACAACUCCACCAGCACGCCUUCUACUUCAGACAAAACACUUUACAACUCGACCAGCACGCCUUCUACUUCAGACAAAACACUUUACAACUCCACCAGCACGCCUUCUACUUCAGACAAAACACUUUACAACUCGACCAGCACGCCUUCUACUUCAGACAAAACACUUUACAACUCGACCAGCACGCCUUCUACUUCAGACAAAACACUUUACAACUCGACCAGCACGCCUUCUACUACAGACAAAACACUUUACAACUCCACCAGCACACCUUUUACUUCAGACAAAACACUUUACAACUCCACCAGCACGCCUUCUACUUCAGACAAAACACUUUACAACUUGACCAGCACACCUUCUACUUCAGACAAAUCACUUUACAACUCGACCAGCACACCUUCUACUUCAGACAAAACACUUUACAACUCCACCAGCACACCUUCUACUUCAGACAAAUCACUUUACCACUCCACCAGCACGCUUCCUACUUCAGACAAAUCACAUUACAACUCGACCAGCACGCCUUCUACUUCAGACAAAACACUUUACAACUCCACCAGCACACCUUCUACUUCAGACAAAUCACUUUACCACUCCACCAGCACGCUUCCUACUUCAGAUAAAACACUUUACAACUCCACCAGCACGCCUUCUACUUCAGACAAAACACUUUACAACUCCACCAGCACGCUUCUUACUUCAGACAAAUCACUUUACAACUCCACCAGCACACCUUCUACUUCAGACAAAUCACUUUACCACUCCACCAGCACGCUUCCUACUACAGACAAAACACUUUACAACUCCACCAGCACGCUUCCUACUUCAGACAAAUCACUUUACAACUCCACCAGCACACCUUCUACUUCAGACAAAUCACUUUACCACUCCACCAGCACGCUUCCUACUUCAGACAAAACACUUUACAACUCCACCAGCACGCUUCCUACUUCAGACAAAUCACUUUACAACUCCACCAGCACACCUUCUACUUCAGACAAAUCACUUUACCACUCCACCAGCACGCUUCCUACUUCAGACAAAACACUUUACAACUCGACCAGCACGCCUUCUACUUCAGACAAAUCACUUUACCACUCGACCAGCAUGCCUUCUACUUCAGACAAAACACUUUACCACUCCACCAGCACUCCUUCUACUUCAGACAAAACACUUUACCACUCGGCCAACACACCUCCUACUAAAGAUAAAGCACUUUACCACUCCACCAUUCUAUUGUAA